CUAUUCGGGACUUGUUUUUUCACCCAUAUAUUACAAAUUUUGUGGUUUCGUUUCGACGAAUAAAUAUAAUGAGCGAGUGUGUGUACAUUGCAGAUCUCUCAUUUACAGUUUACAAUAUUUUUCCCCUUAUGCGAUUUGUAAUUGUUAAACUGUGCUGAGGGAUACGCCAAUAUAUACGCAUAGAAAGCUCCGUUCAAGGAAAGGUCACUAAUCGUAUUUAAAGAGUAUUUCUUAAAAGGCGGUUGAUUGAGUCCCAAGAGUAGAGGCAACGUGCUAAGAAGAGAACGGAGGGGCCGUAAUUAUUUAUCCAGCCACGAAAUUAUAAUAAAGGUCAAAUCGUAAUGUCUGAUUUGGGAAGCGGAGAUGAAGGCAUCUCAGGAUCAAAAUACAAUGUUGCAAACAUGGAGGGUUCUUCAAGUAGGAACGAGUUCGAAUCUUCUAUAAAAGGCGGAAGUGGUGUGGAACAAGAAUUGGCUACUAAAAUGCUUCAAAUCCAAUCCAAACGAUUUUAUCUGGAUGUGAAACAAAAUCGGAGAGGUCGUUUUAUAAAAGUAGCAGAGAUUGGCGCUGAUGGGAGACGAAGCCAAAUUUAUUUAGCCCUUUCAACUGCAUCUGAAUUUCGCGAUCAUUUGUCGUCUUUUAGCGAUUACUAUGCUUCUCUAGCUGGUCAAAACACAGGCCCCCCAAACACUGAAAACUUACCAGAGGAUGGUAAAUUAAAAUCCGAAAUGAUGAUAAAAGAUUAUAGAAGAUAUUACUUAGAUCUAAAGGAAAAUGCUCGAGGGCGAUUUUUACGGGUAUCACAAACCAUUACCAGAGGCGGUCCUAGAUCUCAAAUAGCUCUUCCGGCUCAGGGAAUGAUCGAGUUUCGCGAUGCCCUUACAGAUUUGUUGGAAGAGUUUGGAGCGAACGAUGGAGGCAGAUUUAAAGGAGAUUUGCCUGAGGAGCGGCAUAUGAAAGUGGAUAAUAAAAACUUUUAUUUUGAUAUUGGACAAAACAACCGAGGAGUCUACAUGCGGAUAAGCGAAGUAAAAAAUAACUUUCGAACUUCAAUAACUAUCCCGGAAAAAUGUUGGAUUCGCUUUCGAGAUAUUUUUAAUGAUUAUUGCGAUAAGAUGAAAAAAUCGUCCGACUCAAUUACUGCCGAAAAUAAUCUACCGACAUCCUCAAAUAGUCUUAAAUAAAAAAUUCCAGUGAUUUAUGCAUUCUUAUUCGAAGGCAUGCAAAAUACAUUAUUAUAUGUCGAUUGACCAAGAAACAAUGUAAAGCGUGUAAUGUCUAACAUAACCAACAAGUCUUAGAAAUAUGCGAAUAAUUAAGCUUGAAUAACAAUGAUAUUGUUAUUUACUAGCAUUUUGCCAAAUAUGUGUUAGUAUUUAAUUUUAAUUAUAAAAAUAAUAAUUUAGUUAGAGUUAAAGUAGAGAAAAUGUUGUCUUAAAUUAAAAGAGACCGAAUUAAAUAAUCAUUUGGUGCCUGGUUGAAAUUGCAAGUGCAAGCCUUGUCACUGUAAUGCUAUAACAUGCAAAAAUUGAAAUUAUUUGACAAUGGUCCUGAAUGUAUGUUUAGAGAUGAAUUUUUCAUUUCUAAUAAUUUUUCAUUUUUAAUCAUAUGACAUUUAUAUUACAAUAAUAUUUUUUUUUUUUUAUUUAUAUAGCUUACGUUGCGAAAAAUCCUAAGAAAGUUUUUCUUUUCACUUUAUCGUAAAUUAUGCAAAUAACCAGCCCUUCAUUAAGUACACUUUUGCGUAUACAGUUUAAUGAUUUCUAAAUAGAUUGCAAGCUGAUGUGGUUAAUGGCUAUGUUCACUUAUAUUAAAAGAAUUACAAGAUGGUGUACGAAAAUUAAUAUUUAAAAAAAUAAUAUGUCUUUAAUUCAAUGGUAUUACAUAUAUGACUUUAAAUAUAUUUUUUUCAAUUGGAAAUAAGAACAAUGAUCAUUGAUGUCAACCGAAGUACCUAAAGAAAUACUGAAUUAAGUUUAAUAUUUAACAAUUAUAUUUCGUCAAAGAAAAAUUAUUUUGCUUCCCAUUAAAACGAUAUCAUCCAACAAAUUCUACCAAUCACAAUACUUAAAAUUAUAAUUGAUUAAUUUCCUGUUAAAUCUAUUAAUUAUAUAUCGACGUUAAAUCUAUUUGGAGAAAACAAAAGAGCUUGUAAAACCAAAUCUGAAAAUCGAUAAGUAUGUAUGUAUAUGCAAUCAGACUUGCGCCGUACAUUACUGAUUACGGAUUUUCAGCUCUCUUACAGUCCCAGCUAUUAGGUUUUAGAUUUUUCUUAAUGAGUACCUUUCUGUUGGUUAAUUACGUAUUCAAAAAAUGUUAAUUUUAAUCAGCUUUAUGCUUACAAAAUUGUGAAAUCUUCUAAAAGUAAUAUUUUGAAUAACAUUAUAUAUGUUAAAAAUAAAAUCCUAAACGCGUUUUUAAAACACAAGUUUCAAUGUGAUCACGUAGAAUAAAAAACAUUACUAAGUACGAUGAAUAUGCAUAGCAAAAUUUGAACAUAAAUCGGAAUCGACACACCGAUACCUACCGGUUAAAUUUACCCUAGGAAUAUUGUGUACAGAUGGUGUGUGCUAAUUACCAAAGUAGUGCUACUAAUUAUCUAGUGUUUAAAACUAUCACAGUCCAAGUUAUGGAAAAUGUGAGAUCUUGGUCUCGUUAUAAAUAUAUAUGUAUCUAUAAAAACAAGAGACGGAAACAAAAUAUAACAUAAUUUAACUUAAUUUAUUCUAAUAGUAUUAAAACUUUGAAAGCUGAGAAAGUCCUACAAAUUUCCUUACUAGAGUCGAUGUUAAUCUGACUAUAAACUUAAAACCGUUAAAUUUAUCGAGCAAAUACGAGCGGCAAUAUGUUAUUGACGAUUAAAAAAAUUGGUUAAAUAUUAUAAGAUGGUUUAUCUUAAAUGUUGUUUCGCAAGAAUGCAUAAUGUGUAAUUUAAGAGUUUUGUGAAUACAUAUAAAUAAAGUUGAAUUUAAACAAAAA